ACAACACCCAUUCACUUUACUAACCUUUUUCACUUCUUCAUUCUACAACAUAUAGCAAUGGCCGCUUCCACCAUGGCUCUCUCUUCACCGUCACUGGGGUGUGUGUUCCCUGAACUGUUGGCCCGGAACGGUGUGAAGUUCGGGGAGGCGGUGUGGUUCAAGGCUGGGUCUCAGAUAUUCAGUGAGGGUGGGCUUGACUACUUGGGCAACCCAAGCCUGAUCCAUGCACAGAGCAUCCUUGCCAUCUGGGCCACACAGGUCAUCUUGAUGGGUGCAGUGGAGGGUUAUCGCAUUGCCGGUGGGCCUUUGGGUGAGGUCACUGACCCAAUCUACCCGGGUGGGAGCUUCGACCCAUUGGGCCUUGCUGAAGACCCAGAGGCUUUUGCUGAGUUGAAGGUGAAAGAGUUGAAGAAUGGGAGAUUGGCCAUGUUCUCCAUGUUUGGUUUCUUCGUUCAAGCCAUUGUCACUGGCAAGGGUCCUUUGGAGAACCUCGUUGAUCACCUUGCCGACCCCGUCAACAACAAUGCCUGGGCCUAUGCCACAAACUUUGUCCCCGGAAAGUGAGAAAAAAAUGACUUGAGAUCGAUAAUUUCAUUGUUAUUGGUGACAUACAUUUGAUACAUUUGAAACAAUGUGAAUUAUACAUUGUGUAGUUUUAUAAUAUUGUUUAUGCACUUUAUUGAUCACACAUGAUGCAUUAUAUAUCAAUUAAAAGCUUUAAUUGAA